AUGUCUCGUAUAAUUGAAUUCGAGGUAUCAGAAAACCAAAUUCAAGGAAGUCUACCACCAAACUUGAGCAAUGCUUUUCCUAACCUUAAAAUCCUUACUGUUUUCCAGAAUCAAUUUACCGGGGGCAUCCCUUGGUCAAUUUCCAAUGCAACAAAUCUUGUGUCGUUUCAAUGUCAAUCAAACAAACUCACUGGACAGGUGCCAAAUAUACGAAAUCUUCAUAACCUUGUGAUAUUCAGUGUCGCUGAUAAUAAUCUUGGAAGCGAUAAAGAUGGUGACUUGAGUUUUGUCUCAGAACUGAUCAAUGCCACACAGCUAACAAAUUUGCAGUUCGCCUACAACAUGUUUGGAGGCACGUUGCCCAAAUCAAUAUCCAAUCUCUCAACCAAUCUGCAAAUCCUUACAAUUGGAGGAAACCAACUACAUGGAAGCAUCCCGACGGGAUUAGGGAAUCUUGUUAGCUUGCAAUUACUUGUUAUGAGAGAUAACUCCUUCACAGGUAGCAUCCCUACUGACAUUGGGAGGCUUUCAACGCUUGGGGAACUGUAUCUUAACAACAACGAAUUAUCGGGUAGCAUUCCAUCCACUCUAGGAAACUUGACAUGGUUAGCGGUACUCCAAUUGCAAGAAAAUAAUUUAGAGGGUAGCAUCCCUUCCAGCCUAGGGAAUUACCAAUGGUUACUAGAAUUGGGUCUUUCUGGAAACAAUCUGAAUGGCACGAUACCUCCUCAUGUUUCCAUCUUUAUCAACAAUUUUGGGAUUGUAUAG